AUGCCUGGGUUUCUCCGACCCUUGGAUGACCCUCCUGCGGCGCGUCCAACGAAUACAGCUCGGCAGGACACAGACGCUCAGGCCACAGGCGAGCAAUCCGAGAUUCCCCAAUGCCGUAUCUGUUUGGACGGUCCGGAUCCCGAGCUGGGUAGAUUGAUACGCCCAUGUCUCUGCCGAGGGUCUAUCAGUUACGUACACGUCAAGUGCUUGAACCGCUGGAGAGAAUCUUCCAACACUGCCUUCUUCUCUUGUCCGCAAUGCCAUUACCGGUAUAACUUCAGACGCACGAAGGUUCUAGGUCUAGCUACGAAUCCAAUCGUAGUCGGUGCUGUCAGCUCUAUACUCUUCACAAUCAUUGUCCUGGCAGCAUCAUUCGUCACGACCACGUUCAUGUCUGUAUUCAGUGAAGACGAUGAUGGAACGUCGUACUACUAUUACUCACCUUACUGGACAAACCCUAUCACCGUCUUUGGUGAUCUUGUCCGCGCGGGGAUACGGCUCGUAGAAGACGAGUCAGGCAUUCCUCUAGAUCCAAACCUUUUGGCAAGGGCCGCACGGGGAGGCGAGCGACAGACACCAGGGAUACCCAUGCGUUUCGUCCGGCGCUUCCUGUUGGGUUUGCCCAUGGUGGGUGCCGGCUCACUAGUUCAGAUGCUGUUCACUGUUGGAGGUUUGGGACCUAUACAAUGGUUGGCACGCUCCCGAGCCCGCAGCCGACGAAACGGACGGGCGAACGCCACGGACACCGCCGCAUUGAUUCUCGUCACUCUCUUGUUGAUCGGUGCACUGAGGGCCGUGUGGAAGGUCUACCAAGUGACCGAGAGGUGGUCUCAACGUCUCCUGCUGAGAGCAGAGGAUAUUAUUUUGGAGGUUAAUUAG